CGCUCUUCCCGCCAUUCCUGGUUCCCGCCGAAUAAUGGAGGAUCACAGACAGAAGGAUUUUCCUCUGAAUGACGCGCUUCACGAGCUUCUGCAGCAGGGGGCGACGCGCGCGAGUCAGCUGAGGGACGCGCAGCGCGAGCACGACACACUGCAGGCAUCUCUUCUGCAGCUGGACCGGAGCUGUGAGUCUGUGUGCUCUCAGGUGAAGCUGAAGGAGAAGAUGCUCACUGCUCUUCAGUGUGAUGUGGAGCAGCUUCAGCGCAGCGUCCUCCGUCUGGACGCACAGAUCCACAGCGUCCUGCUGGAGAACCUGGAGCUCAGAAACUGUACGGAGGAGCAUCAGGAGCGCCGGCGCUCACAGCAGACAGAGUUCAGCUCGCACCGCAGCCGUAUGAGAGACUACAGGACGGCCGUGUGUCUGCAGGACAGCCGAGCACAUCUCCAUCAGGAGCUCCAGCAGAAGCAGCAGGAGGCGUCUGGACUCAGACACACGCUGGACGAGCUGAAGACAGACCUCCAGAAACCAGACGCUAGUGCUGUCCGUCAGACGCAGAAGGACAUCGAUCUUCUCCAGGCCAGUAUCCGUGCAGCGAGACAGACUGUGCUGGAGAGAAAAGCUCAUCUGGAGAACCAACAGCGGACACAGACACAGCUGAGGAGAGAGAUCGAGAUUCAGGAGCGCAGAUGCGAGGCCAUCCUGAAGCGGCUGCGCAGUCAGCUGAAGAAAGCUCAGUCUGGACACCGUCAGCUGCGCAGUGACAUCACACACCUGCAGACGCAGCUGGACGAGCUCAGGGGUCAGCUGGACGCCUCCUAAUGGCCGGUGAGCUCUCGUGCUCAUCUCUGUGUAACACACAAGUUCAGUCUGUGGGGACGUGUUCAGUCCUGCACUGCUCAGUGUGUGUUUGGAUGUUUCCUGUCUGAACUGACGCGUGUUAGUGUUAAAUGAGGUUCUAGUUCUAGAGCGUCUGUGUGAAAGUGUGUGUCGUUUCCACUGAAACCAUCCGAGAGCAGCUUCAGAUCCGCUGUUAGAGUGAGGAUGAUUCAGAUUCACUGACUCCUGUUCAACCAGAUCACAGUUCACCAGCUCUCGUGUGACAUCAGCAUUAAAACAACUAACACUUCAAGCAUUUUGUUCAAAUUCAGUCCUUUAUUGCACUAACACACACACAC